AUGGCGCUUUAUCCAUUUGAGAAAUACCUUAUCGCUCGCGGCGCCUUGAUGGUCGUGACGGCCUGGAUCCCUGCCUGCAUCCUCUUCUUCUGCGCUCUCUGCUUGACCCGUCGUCGCAAGGAUCCCGCGAGAACGGCAUUCACCUACCUCAAGCUUGCUCUGCCUGUGUUCGCCGGCUAUGCCUUCUUCGAAGUUUGUACAGCCGCCCUGACCGUCGCCGCAGUGCGAGCACGAAACGACGAUUACUACUACGACUCGUACGAUGCCAUCAAUGCAAUUCAAAUCACCUCCAGCAGCACCAGCGUCAUCGCCAACUUCUUUGACAAGAUUGUCGACAUCCUCGUAAUGAUCAUGCUCCUGCGCAUCAGCACCGGCAUCGUCAUCGCCCAGUCCGGCCAUGCUGGUCCGAUUGGAAAGAUCCUGCGACUUGGGUCCUACGCUUUUGGCUCCCUGCUGGCCAUCUUGACAAUUGCUGUUCUCGGUCUUCAGAUUCGUUUCCUCGCUGCCUUUUACGGCGAUUCUAUUUAUGUUGGUGAAUCAGACCAGGUGCCAGGUGAGGAUGCGUUCAACAAGGCCCGGCAGAUUGACUUUUCGUUCCGCGUCUUGGUCUUUGUUGCGGCGCUUGGAAUUGUCGCCCGAUCAGUAAUGGUCAAGAUGCAGCCAAAGGCCGAGAAGACCCUCUCCUGGUGCUCGACGAUGCUCAUCGCCAUGUCCGUCGCCUGGCUCCUGCGCACGACCUACACCAUGGCAUCCAUCGCUGCCUGGUCCGACUUUUCUAAUAGCAGAAGAGACAGUUACGAGUACUACUACAACAUCCUUGAUGUUGUCUUUGGCGUCUGGCCGCAAUUCACCGUCCUCUGCAUGGUCUUUGCCUUGGGUACCGCCAAGAGCAACGGGCUCUGGUCUACUCCCCAGCCUUUCAAUGCUCCACAGGGCAACCAACAGACUGCUUGGGGAUACUCUUACAAUAAUGGUCCUCAGCCGACUGCGCCUCCAAUGGUCCAGCAGCAGCCUCAGUUCCAACAGCCCCAACAGCAGCAGUUCCAGCAACCGCCGCAACAACAGUAUCAGCAACCACAACAGCAGCAGUAUCAACAACAAUAUCAGCAGCCGCAACCGGUAUCUCCAGUCCAACAAGGCUGGCAGCCACAGCAGCCUCAGCAAACAUACAGCGCGUACACCCCCUCCACCCAGACCAGGUCACCGCCUCCCCACGAGGAGACCAUGGGCUUCAACCACCAAGCCGACGGCACCCCUCCAUCAGCUUCACCUCAGCCAUACGGAAACAAGGCUAGCAUGUAA